UUUUUUUUUUCUCCCAAGUGGUUCCAGUUCGGGUUGCUUUCUGAAUUCUGAUUCACUUUGCAGUUUUGUCUAUCAAAUUCUCCACAUAAAAAAAUCCUUUUCUUUUCCCGCUCACAGGAUUCUCAUUAAUUCUUUAUUGCUUGCGUAAAAUCUCAAUCCCCAGAUUCUAGGGUUUUUGAAACCCUUUAUUUCAGGUUUCCAAUCUUCGAUUUUUUUUUUAUUUGGGGUUAUUGCUGUUUGUACCAAUGUUUACGACGCAGCAGAGAGUAACUCGUUCUUCAUUAUCAAUCACACCACGGACCGGUGGGCAAAAGAUCGGUAACUCACCCAAGCAUGUAUCUGGAAAGGGCAAGGCGGUGGCGUUUAUGGACGAUCUGACACCUCCACCGCCGCCGCCGCUGGGGUUGUUGAUUGAGAAUGGGGCGAGUGCGGCGGCUGAGGGUGGCGAUUUGGACGAUUGGAGGGCGUUUAAGGAAGCUGGAUUAUUGGACGAGGCUUCUAUGGAGAGGAAGGACCGUGAGGCAUUGGCUGAAAAGACUGCUAGGCUUGAAAAAGAGCUAUUUGACUAUCAGUAUAAUAUGGGACUCUUGCUUAUUGAGAAUAAAGAGUUGACAGAAAAUGCUGAGCAACUUAGAGAAGCAUUAUCAGAAAUACAAGAAGUUGUUAAACGGGAAGAAGCUGCUCAUUUGAUGGAUGUAUCUGAAGUUGAAAGGCGAGCAGAUAACUUGAAGAAAGCACUAGAUCUUGAGAAGCUUUGUCGAGCUGAUCUUGAGAAGGCUUUACGUGAAAUUGUUGAAGAGAAUAAACAAAUAAAACUCAGAUCUCAGACCAAUUUAGCUGAUGCAAACACAUUAGUAGCUGGAAUUGGAGAUAAAUCAAGAGAGGUUGAAGAAAAGAUGUAUGAAGCAGAUGCAAAGCUUGCUGAGGCAAAUAGAAAGAGUUUGGAGUUGGAUAGGAGAAUGCAAGAGCUAGAGACUCAUGAAAGCUUGCUCAAAAGUGAACGCCAAUCCUUUAAUGCAGGGAGAGAAGCAUGGGAAGCUACAUUUGCUAAACAGAAAGAGGAUAUAAAGGAAUGGGAAAAGAAAUUGCAAGAGGGUGAAGAGAGAUUAUGUGAAGGUAGGAGGAGUAUCAAUUUGAGGGAGGAGAAGUUGAAUGAAAUGGAAAAGUCUCUAAAACUGAAGGAAAAGGAAAUUGAGGAAGCACAUAAUAAGAUUGAAUCAAGCAUUUUAGCAUCAAAGAAGAAAGAAGAUGAUGUAAACAAAAGAUUAGACGAGUUAAUUGCAAAAGAGGAACAAGCUGAGUCGAUUAAAAAGAAACUUGAGGUCAAGGAAAAGGAACUGCUUGAUUUGACUGAGAAGUUGACUGCAAAAGAAAGAGUGGAGAUUCAGAAGCUUCUUGAUGCUCAUAAAAAUACAUUGGAUUCUAAACAGAGAGAGUUUGAAUUGGAAAUGGAAGAAAAGAGGAAAUCUUUAGAGGAUGAAAUGAGAAAAAGAAUAGAAGCUUUAGUGCAGAAAGAAGAUGAAACAAAUCAUAAAGAGGAAAAACUAAGAAAGCAAGAGCAAGCUCAUGAAAAGAAGUUGGAAAGAUUCAAUGAGAAGGAGAAAGAGCUUGACACGAAGUUGAGGGCAAUAAAGGAAAAGGAGAAAAGUUAUGAAAUGGAGGCAAAAAAGUUGGAAAUGGAAAAGAAUGAAAUUCUUGCUGACAUCGAGAAGCUGCAGAUUUUGAAAGCUGAAACUGAAAAAAUCAAGAAUCAGAUUAAUGAAAAGGAGGCACAAGUUCAUGAAGAGAUUGAAAAACUUAGAAUCACAGAAGAUGAAAGAAUAGAAUACACACGUUUACAGUUGGAGCUAAAAGAGGAAAUAGAAAAAUGCAGAGUUCAAAAAGAGUUGAUCAUGAAAGAGGUUGAUGAUUUAAGGAAAGAUAGAAUGAAAUUUGAGAAGGAAUGGGAGGUUUUAGAUGACAAGAGAGCUGUUGUUAAUGAAGAAUUAAUAGAAUUUGAAGAACAGAAAGAGAAUUGGGAAAAAGUAAGGAAAUCCGAAGAGGAAAAGUUAGAAAAGGACAAAAUUGUCACACAAGAUUAUGUUAAUAAAGAAUUAGAAGCUUUGAAAUUGGAGAGAGAAACAUUUGCUGCUACAAUGAAGCAUGAGGAGACCCUUUUAGUUGAAAAAGCUGAAAAUGAACAGAGACAAUUUGUUCAUGAUUUUGAGAAAAGAAAAAGAGAUCUUGAAGUGGAUUUACAGAAUCAACGAAUCGAAUUAGAGAAAAACAUGAAGGAAAAAGAGAAGGAGUUUAAAGAUGAAUGUGAAAAAGAAUUAAGUAACAUCACUUACUUAAAGGAAAUUGCAAGAAAGGAAAUGGAAGAAUUGAAAUCUGAAAGAAGUAGAAUCGAUAGAGAAAAGAAGGAAAUUGCUUUGAACAAUCAAAAGCUAGAAGAAAACCAAGUUGAGAUGAGUAAAGACAUAAACGCCCUUGAUGUUCUUAGCAAAAAGAUAAACAAUCAAAGGGAAGAAUUCAUAAACGAGAGAAAUCAGUUUCAUUCAUUCGUAGAAAAACUCAAGAAUUGUGAAAGCUGUGGGGAGAUCAUCAGGGGUUACGAAUUCUCUGAUCUGCAAAUUCCCGAGGGUAGAAAUGUAGUUAAUGAAAAGUCCAAGGGCAAUCUUGUAUCUUGGCUCAAAAAAGGCGCAACAGUCUUUAAAUUGUCCCCUCAUCGAGAAACAAACGAUAAUAUUGUUGAAAAAAAAAAAGAAACAAUUGAGACUGAAAAUGUUUCACAAAAUGACAAAAGGAUUCUUACACAUGACAAGCUUCCGGAAUCUUCUGAUGAUGAGAGCAACAUAGGAAGCAAGACGGCUGAAGUUCCGGAAGGUUCUCAGCAGUCGGAAAUGAAAAGUGGGAGGAAAAAAGCUGCGAGAAAACCAAAACGUGGGGCCCGUAAGAAUCAAACUGUGCAGACGGUGGUUGAAGAAGAUGUGUUGACCGAGUUUGACCAGAAUGAUGAUUCUGUUAAAGUUAAUGAGGAGAGUGGGAGUGCUUCUAGAAGGAAAAGGUCGCAUCCGGAAACUUCUUUAGUUAGUGGAAGUGAAAUGGAUGGUGGUGACAGUGAAGUUCAGUCGGAAAGUGUGGUUACUGGUGGCCGGAGGAAGAGGCGGCAGACGGUGGCUCCGGUGGCGGUGCAGACUCCUGGAGGAGGAAGUCGGUAUAAUCUCAGGCGACACAAGACUGGAGAUGUUGCCACUCAAGCUCAACCUUCUACUAAUUCUGAAAAAAAGAAGGAAGUUUCCGGAAGCAUUGGGACACAAAAAGUAACAAGUAAGCAUGAGAUUACUAACAACGUUGUUGAAACAAAAGUUACUAGUGAGGAUGGCAGCACAGCCAUGGUACAUGUCGCAACUAGCAAAAAAGUCGACACUCAAAUAUUAGAUACAGCUUUUAAAGCACCAAGAGGAGAGGUUAUUGUUGAGAAAACAGAAGUAGUCGAAGAGGUUAAUGCUACCACCUAUGAAUAUGAGAAUGAAGAAGAUAAUCAUCAUAAUAAUAAUGAUAAUGAUGAUGAUGAUGGUGGUGAUGAUGAUUUUGAUGAUGAUGAUGAUGAUGAUGAUAGUGGUGAUGAAGAGCAACAUCAUGGUGAAGUGUCAAUUGGCAAGAAAAUAUGGACUUUUUUGUCAACAUGAUAUGUGCAUCUUUCCUUUUAGAGUUUUGUAUUUUCAAUGUCUCAAUGUAUUCUGAUUUUAGACACAGUAAGAACAUGUUUGGUUCAUAUUAUGUAGACUAGUUUGUUUUGUAGCUUAUGCUCAAUUGUUCUUUUUGUAGUAACAAGACAUUUUUUUUUUUCAGUUUUACAUGUGUACACGUGAAUUUUUACUGCAUAUUAUUGAGAAAAAUGCAUCUGGUAUAUGUAGCUUUUACCA